UGCAAAAUUUUCAGCAACAUUUUGAUUUCUUAUAAAAAAAUAGCGUAAAAUCAAGAAAAACUAUUCUAACAAACUAUACUACGAUGACUGAACAAACGGAACAUUUACUAGCGCUGAAAGUGAUGCGCCUGACGCGGCCCACCCUGGUCAGCUCGCAGAUCGUGACGGCCGAGGCCAAGGACCUGCCGCAGAACACGUUCGAGAAGAUCCUACGAGGAACGGCCACGACGGUGCAGGGCGCCGAAACCCUGACGGCGGGCCAAAUGAUGCUGCUGCCGCAAAGUUUCGGCAACAUUUACCUGGGCGAAACGUUUUCCAGCUACGUUUGCGUGCACAACUGUCGAGCGCAUCCGGUCAGCAGCGUGACGGUGAAGGCGGAUUUGCAGUCGAACAAUACGCGGAUUAGCUUGCCGAUUCACGUGGAUAAGGAGGGCCCGCAGACGUUGAACCCGGACGAAACGAUGGACGAUGUGAUCCAUCACGAGGUGAAGGAGAUUGGGACGCACAUUUUGGUUUGUGAGGUUUCUUAUAUGACGCCGGCGGGGUUGGAGACUUCGUUCCGGAAGUUUUUCAAGUUCCAGGUGGUGAAGCCGUUGGAUGUGAAGACGAAAUUUUACAACGCGGAAACCGACGAAGUGUACCUUGAGGCACAGAUUCAGAACAUUACCGUGGGACCAAUUUGUUUGGAGAAGGUUGAGUUGGAGAGUUCGGAACAGUACACGGUGGUGCCGUUGAACAACCUGCCGACCGGGGAGUCGGUGUUUUCGCAGCGGACGAUGCUGCAGCCGCAAAAUAGUUGCCAGUUUCUGUACUGCAUCAAGCCGAUCGCGGAGAUUUUGAACGAUCCGAAGGCGCUGAAGGCGGCCAACAAUAUCGGCAAGCUGGACAUCGUGUGGCGGUCGAAUCUGGGCGAACGGGGACGGCUGCAGACGAGUCAGCUGCAGCGGAGUCCCAUCGAGUACGGCGACCUGCGGCUGGCCGUCACCGAGGCCAACAGCACGGUCAAAAUCGGCGACGCGUUCGACUUCCGGUGCCGCGUGACCAACACGAGCGAGCGCUCGAUGGACCUGGUGAUGCACCUGAACACGAAAACCAAGAUCGGCUGCGGCUACACCGGCCAAACGGAGAUCUCGCUGGGGCCGCUCGAGCCGGGCAAGUUCAAGGACUUUGGGCUGACGGUUUGCCCGGUGCGGUUGGGACUGAUUACGAUCAGCAACCUGCAGCUGACGGACGUUUUCAUGAAGCGAAAGUACGAAUUUGACGACUUUGUACAGGUGUUUGUGGUGGACGAAGACUACAACGAGGAGGAGUUCCAGCUGGACAAGUACGUUCGGUAUAGCAUUCCACAGACGGCUUAGGCUUCUGAUUGAUAGCAGAUUAGCAAUUUUUAUUUAUUCACGUUUUUAAGCACACUUUACCGAAGGAAAUAAAACCAUUCACCAAAA